AUGCGGCGCACUCUGGUGCUGUACAAGAAGAGACAUUCGCGCGAGGCGAACGUGGGUCGACUUCUCUACGGCAAGCGUAAAAACCUUGUUCAUCAUACCAGCGAGGCCAAGCCCUCUGUCACGGCUGUUCUAGCGCAGACCCCGACGGAGCGGCUGCCGGCGGCUGUGAAGCACGCCCUGCAGGUCAACGAACUCAACCGGGAGCAGAUUGUCACCCUUCUCAAGCAGCACCGCGCGCUGCGCCGGUUCGACCGUACCGAGGUAGUCGUUCAGGCCCUUCGUGAUGCCAAGCAGCCCCUGACAUCGCAACACUACUGCGUCCUCAUGGCUCACGCGAAUGACGAGCGGCAAACGCGCAAAGCACUGCAAUUCUGGAAGGAAGCCGCCUCGGAGGGUAAAAUGAAUGAGCGCCUUCAUGGUGCUCUCCUGUCGACCUACCGCAACGCUGGAAACUGGAGGGCGGCUAUGCAGCACUGCGAAAGCAUCUGGCAGGACCAGCAGGUGCUAGACCCACUUGCCGUUCACGCUGUCAUGAACGCGUGCCGCCGCUACGGACCCUGGCAGAUGGGCCUGAAGGUCUUCUCGGACGCUGUUCAGCAUGGUACAAGGCCAAACAAUGUCGUCUACCUCGAGCUUCUUCGCCUCAUUGCACAAUGCAAGAUACCGGCGCGGUGGACGUACGGUCUGGCGAUUCUACGCGCACUGGAGGCAAGCAUGGAGGUGACAGCGGGGCACUACAAUGCGGUACUCUCCACAAUGGGGGGCCGCAACUGGGAGAAGGGUAUCAAAUUGUUUCACUCCAUGCACGAGCGCAACGUGCAGCCCAGCACGGAGACUCUCAACACAGUCCAGCAACUCCAUCCGCACAGCGUGGCCCACUGUAUCCGGUGUGUCGCUGAGGCACACGCGCUUGGCAUGCCAGUAACAGACACAAUGUACCGAAACGUACUGCUGAACCUGUUCCGACUGCAGCUAAACCACGAGGCAACCCAGUUUGCUGAGCGCGAGUACAAGCUGGACUGUGUGGAUACUGGCAACGCGCUGACGCACACGCUUGCCCUGAGUGUCGCCAUGGUGGAUGCACUGCUCUCCCAUCCCCGUCCUCAUGACGCCCUGCUCGUGUAUGAGUCCUUUCAGGAUAAGAUCGGCGACGUUGUGGCAGCCGCGACGCGGCAGCUGGGGACAAGCGGCUCGCUGGAUCAGCGUUGGCUAGUCCAAGGACGGGUGGCGGUGGUUGACCACAACGUGCUGCUCUCGACGACUUUCGAGUCCCUUACUCACCAUUACGACUCAGUGUUUAUCCCGUUUGCUGCCGUGCGACUGCUGACUAGGCGCGCCCGUGAGGAUGGCAAUUCGGUGCAAGGGCGCCAUAUAAAGAUGACUCUGCGUCGCAUUGGACUCCUGCUGAAGCGGGAGGAGUGGCGCAUGCUGCGGGUGCUUCCCUAUGCGCAUCAACUUCUCGCGCAUACAUACCUCUCCGAAGGUGGCCCUGCCACUCCCGAGGCGCUGAAGGCGUUACGUGACGAGGCGGAGAAGCAGAAUCUACUGCCCGAAAGCCCGCUGAUUCCGACCACAACUGCGAAGGGCCUUUCCAAGUAUGGCCAAGCGCUGUUGGAGCGACUAACACCUGUCGGGGAAGCCGCUGAGGUGUCCUCCGCUGUUGGUAUUGAUCGUGAAGUUGAACGUGACACAGAGAUCACCGCACAGGAUCUCGUGAUACGCCACGGAGGUGGCGGCGCUGCCGGUACAGCCGCUUCCUCGCUCGCUUCUCAGCAGGCGUCGUGCGCCGCGACCGUCCCCUUUCCGACGGUGCUACGCUCUUCUCACCGCAUCACCUCGGUGGAGCGCGUGACGGCGGUGGCCGCCAUGCUGAAGUCCCUCAACCCCGAUACGGAGGUGCAUGUGCUCUCUACAAGCGCGUCGCAACUCGCAGCAGUGCAGCACUGGAAUGCAGUGCGCGUUGGCGUCCUUCUCGUAGCGGUGCAUUACCCUGACCAACUCAGGCAGCUGGCCCCGCCUGCACCACUAGCCAGAGAAAGCGCCACCGGCGCUGCGGUGAUGGCAACCGGUGUUACAGCGCCAGCGCCACGAUUUUAA